UCAGCACCACCCCACUACCAAACUGACUACUCGGCCACCGCAACACACUCCCAACCACCACCGACCUGCAACCAAGAACACCUCGUCCGACCACACUCCCAACCACCGCCGUAACCCCAGAAAGAACUGAACGAGUAAAAAAAAGAGCAUGCUUAGUUCACCAAUUUCGAAAAGCAAUUGAUGUGAGAUUGCGAAGCUGAGAUUGGCGUGUGUCUCGUUGUGAGUGGCGCAAUCCAUUCGGUAGUCAGAGCUGUAACAGCCAGCCAUGUCUUCAGAGUACACGCCGCUCCUCACCAAGGUCCGGGUAGCCCAGCCUCGGCCCCGGUACCCCCAUGCCGUGUUGCGCCGCUUCUGCACCGUCGCUCUGGCAUCCGUCUUGAUAUGGUUCUUCAUCGCCGUGGCCGCGUCCAUGACGUUUCUGGACGACGACCCCCACGACGACCCUAGUGACGGGUGGUCAUGGCCCGGCUGCGGCAAGCGGAAGGUGGACUACGAUCAGCUGCAGCGCAUCCUCCUUGAUACCCCUACCAGCAAACACGCCGAGGAAUGGAGCAGGUACUACACUUCCGGGCCUCAUAUCGCCGGUAAGAACUACUCCCAGGCGCUCUGGACCAAGAACAAGUGGGAAGAGUUCGGCAUCAAGGCCGACAUCGUGUCUUACGACGUGUACCUCAACUACCCGGUCGACCAUCGCCUGGCUCUCCUAGAGAAGAAGAAGCACGACGACGACACUUCGGCUUGGAAGGUGUCAUACGAGGCCUCCCUUACCGAGGACGUUAUCGAGGAUGAUCCGACAAGCAGUCUGCCCGACCGGAUUCCCACCUUCCAUGGCUACUCUGCCUCCGGCAACGUCACCGGGUCCGUCGUUUAUGUCAACUACGGCACUUACCAGGACUUUGCGGACUUGGUGAAGGCCAAUGUCACGCUCAAGGACAAAGUGGCUAUCGCCCGCUAUGGCGGUAUAUUCAGGGGUCUGAAGGUCAAACGCGCCCAAGAACUCGGCAUGGUCGGCGUCGUCCUAUAUACUGACCCCGGCGACGACGGAGACGUUACCGAGGAGAAGGGAGAGAAAGUCUACCCUGACGGGCCCGCUCGCCAGCCCAGCAGCGUGCAACGGGGGAGCACCCAAUUUCUCAGCUUUGCCCCAGGCGACCCGACAACCCCGGGAUACCCCUCUAAGCCGGACGCCCCCCGCCAACCGGUGGACACGGCCAUUCCGAGCAUCCCCUCUAUCCCCAUCUCGUACAAAGACGCGCUUCCCAUUCUAAAGGCCCUCAACGGCCACGGCCCAAAGGCCGAUGACUUCAACCAGUACUGGACCCGUAACAUGGGGCUGGGGUACAAGGGCGUGCAUUAUAACAUCGGGCCCACCCCCGACCAUGUCGUGGUCAACCUAUACAACAAGCAGGACUAUGUCACGACCCCUCUGUGGAAUGUCAUCGGCGUCAUCAACGGCACCAUUCCGGACGAAGUCAUUAUCGUUGGCAACCAUCGCGAUGCUUGGAUCGCUGGAGGAGCUGGUGACCCCAACAGCGGGUCUGCCGUCAUGAACGAGAUGAUACGCUCCUUCGGGGAAGCGCUUCGUCAAGGCUGGAAACCUCUCCGUACCAUUGUCUUCGGAAGUUGGGACGGCGAGGAGUACGGACUCAUUGGAUCCACCGAAUGGGUCGAGGAGUACCUGCCCUGGCUCAACCACGCGAACGUAGCCUACAUUAACAUCGACGCCGGGGUCCGGGGCACCGAGCUGCGGACAGCAGCAGCUCCCUUGCUUGAUCACAUCAUCCACGCUGCCACCGCCGCGGUCCCGUCCCCGAACCAGACCAUCCCAGGCCAGACCGUCCACGACCUAUGGGACAAGCGCAUCAAGACCAUGGGCAGCGGCAGCGAUUUCACCGCCUUCCAGGACUUUGCCGGCGUCCCAUCCAUCGACAUCGGUUUCAACUCGGGCCCCGGCGCAGCCGUGUACCACUACCACAGCAACUACGACAGCUUCCACUGGAUGGAGAAGUACGGCGACCCGGGCUUCGUCUACCACCGCACCAUGGCGCAGGUCCUCGGCCUAAUCACCGCCCAGCUGGCCGACCUCCCAAUCAUCUCCUUCCGCGCCGCCGACUACGCCCGCGCUCUUGACCGCUACGUGAAGCAGGUCGAGGACAAGCUCGACGCCGCCCUCGCGCCCCCAUCCGCAUCCACGAUCGAAGCAUCCUCCCUGAUCGACGACGACACCUAUUUCGAGCUUCGUGGCAGCACCCGCAACACCUCUACCGCCACCCUCUCCUCAGCCUCAGCCUCCUCAGCCUCCGCCGAAACCUUCAAGACCACCCUGCGCCGCCUGCACCACGCCGUCGACAAGCUGGCCGUGCCCGCCGCGCAGCUCGACAAGCGCGCCGACGAGCUGGCCGAGGAACUGAAGCGCGACAUCCCCUGGUGGAAGUGGCCCGCCAAGCUGCGUCUGGGGUGGCAGGUCCGCAAGGUCAACACCAAGUACAAGUUCAUGGAGCGCGCGUUCCUGUUCGAGGAGGGCCUGGAUGGCAGGCCGUGGUUCAAGCAUGUGGUUUUUGCGCCCGGGUUGUGGACUGGUUAUGCUGGUGCUGUGUUCCCGGGGUUGGUGGAGAGUAUUGAUGAUGAGGAUUGGGUGAAUGCGGAGAGGUGGGUGGAUAUCAUUGAGAGUCGGUUGAAGAAUGCUGCGCGGCGGUUGUAAGCAGUGCAGUCACUUGGAGAUUUCAAGAGUCGGGUAGGGGUCUGAGGGGUGUCACUUUGUUUGGGGUAGAGGGUUAGAUUGCUGGAAAUGUUGCCCUGGGUAUGUACCAGACAACUUAUGAGCUGUACAUACAUGAACGAAUAUUGUUGAUGAAUCACCGAGGUGUUGUUUGUUUCCAUUCCCCCCUUUUUUUACUUGACUAUACAACAAUGGGGCAUCCAAGAUGAAGCGACCUCGUUAUAGAGGUACACAUAUUCUCAUUUCUUGCGUACAACCCUCAAAACACCUAGCUAACCAUCGCUGCUUGAUUAAACACCCCGGGUAUCCAUCCCUCGCAAAAUCACAAAACCGCAAUUAAACAAACAUCCCUAUUCAACCCAACCGAACCCCAUACACCUACCCACCCCGUGACUACAAUCACCCCGCGCAUCCAGUUCAC